AAUGAGGUGACAAUGGAAGGACAUCAGUGAUGAGCAGGAUCUUGGAGCGGGGUGUCUGAGAAGGACGGGGAGACCGGGGCAGGAUCGGGACGCUCUCUCUCUCUCUCUCUCUCUGUUUCUGUGUCUGUCUAAGGGAGAAAGCGCCUGAGACAAGCACAGGAGGAUGCAGAGUGGACAACUGCGGAGUAGCGGCGCCAGCAAUGUCCAAAAAGGCGAGAAGAAAUCUUGCUUUUCCAACAUCAAAAUCUUCCUGAUCUCGGAGUGCGCGCUGAUGCUGGCACAGGGGACUGUCGGGGCUUAUCUGGUGAGCGUGCUGACGACAUUGGAAAGGAGGUUUAACCUGCAGAGUGCUGAUGUUGGAGUCAUAGCCAGCAGCUUUGAGAUUGGGAAUUUGGCCCAUUUAUUUGUGAGCUACUUUGGGGCGAAAGGACACCGGCCACGUCUGAUAGGAUGCGGGGGCAUCGUGAUGGCCCUGGGGGCUUUGCUGUCUGGCCCUCCAGAGUUCCUCACCCACCAGUAUGAGUACGAAUCUGGGGAGAUUCCCUGGGGACUGGAAGGAAAGGACCUGUGCGUUGGGAAUGUAUCAGCCAGCAACCAAGGACCAGGCAAAAUAAUCUGCAGGAACAGGACUUCACAACAACAGAUGUACCUCCUGUUAAGUGGAGCCCAAGUGUUACUGGAUGGUGCUACUCCUGUCCAGCCCCUGGGAGUCUCCUACAUUGAUGACCACGUUCAAAGGAAGGACUCCUCCCUGUACAUAGGAAUUCUCUUCACCACCCUGGUCUUUGGUCCUGCCUGUGGCUUCAUCCUGGGAUCGCUCUGCACCAAAGUCUACGUGGAUGCAGUUUUCAUCGACACCAGUAAACUGGACAUAUCUCCCGAGGACCCUCGCUGGAUCGGGGCCUGGUGGGGAGGCUUCCUGCUCUCCGGUGCUUUACUCUUCUUUUCCGCGCUCUUCAUGUUUGGCUUCCCGCAGUCCCUGGUCGUCAAGAGUGACAGGCUGCCGGAGAGCGAGACGGCCACACUUCCCCAGAGCAUCCCGCAGCAGUUCGAGAGGUCCAAGCCCGGCAACGGGGUGAUGGAAAUGCGGCAACCAGCCCACUCCCUGUCCUGCUUCCAGCAGAUGCGAGUGAUUCCGAAGGUCACCAAGCACUUGCUGUCGAACCCUGUGUUUACCUGCAUCGUUCUCGCCGCCUGUAUGGAGAUUGCAGUGGUCGCUGGGUUUGCUGCCUUCCUGGGCAAGUACCUCGAGCAGCAGUUCAACCUCUCCGCUUCCUCCGCCAAUCAGCUGCUGGGAAUGACAGCCAUUCCCUGUGCAUGUCUGGGAAUCUUCCUUGGAGGGCUGCUGGUGAAGAAGCUCAGCUUGACAGCCCUUGGUGCUGUUCGAAUGGCCAUGUUAGUCAACCUCAUCUCCACCGGAUGCUACAUUUCCUUCCUCUUCCUUGGAUGUGAUACAGGACCCAUAGCCGGAGUCACUGUUCCUUAUGGAAACACUACUGUGUCAGAUGCAGAUUUGGACCCUUAUGCUCCUUGCAACAGUGACUGCAAUUGCAAGACGACAGCUUACAAUCCAGUCUGUGGGUCAGAUGGAGUUACCUACCUGUCUUCUUGCUUUGCUGGCUGCUCCAGUGUGAAUCUCACUGCCUGUGCUUGUCUGAACACUGGCCCCGUUAAGAACGCCACUGUAAUCCCUGGCAAGUGCCCAAGCCCAGGCUGUCAAGAGGCGUUCCUCACCUUCAUGUGUGUGAUGUGCGUUUGCAGUCUCAUUGGGGCCAUGGCCCAGACACCAGCCAUCAUUAUACUCAUCAGGGCAGUUAAUCCAGAGCUCAAGUCAUAUGCACUGGGAGUCUUGUUCCUCCUCUUGCGAUUGCUCGGUUUCAUCCCUCCCCCUCUCAUCUUUGGCGCUGGGAUUGACUCAACGUGCUUAUUCUGGACCACAAUCUGUGGGGAGCUGGGGGCGUGUAUGUUAUACGACAACGUGGUUUAUCGCUACCUCUACAUCAGCAUCGCGAUCACCCUGAAGACACUUGCCUUCAUCCUAUACACAACGACCUGGCACUGUUUGAGGAGGAACGCCAGCAAGUACAUCAGAGAUGAUGAAGGAAACCUCCAGCCACUGACGGCCAGUGACCUCUUUGCUUCAACCUUAACACUGGACACAGCAGGGAGGGACUCCAGUCAUCAUCAGUCACAAAAGACCAAAUUUAUCUACAACCUUGAGGACCAUGAGUGGUGUGAAAAUAUGGAAUCUGUCCUAUAAAAGGACAUUUCAUUUUGUACAUUUUUUUUGAACGGAGGAAAGAAGAUGUAAUGAUGCCCAGACUUUUGAACAAAAACAAGUUUUUCUUCAAAGUUUUUGUUUGCAAGCCAAGAGCAGGGCCUAAAAAGGAUUGUGAAAUAACUAUUGAAAACUUUGUUAUAUUUGCAAGUAAAGGGGUUAAUCACUGAUGUUUUGUCAAGGGCCAUAACUACAACCAAUGUCUUGCUCAAAUGCCUUUGCGUGGAGUGCUGGGAUACUCCAUAUCAUAGAGUGAUGUGGUGCAGGUCUGGUCCUGAGGCCACACUACACCAAGACCUCACCAUUUCAACCAUGCUUCUGCGGGUCUUUGCCGAGCAGAGUCCAUGUACUUGCCCUUCUGUCAGUCUGUAGAGCCAAUGGUUCAACCUUAACGGAGGUCCUAAUGAUGACAGAACGGGAUAGUCCAGCCUCCUGCAAGUCUUCUUUCCAGGAAAAGCUUCAGGAAGAACACUGACUCCCAACUGAAUGGCCAGGCUGUGAAGCCCAUUGGAGCCAUGACGAAUAACCAGAUCCACUGCAGUCCCCAGGGAAGGAGAUCCGUAGAUCAUGUGUUAGAUCGUGGCUGAUGUUACAUGUCACAGAUUUGAAUGGAACAACCUUUCCCGAAUAAAGACCACAGGACACCUGAGAAAUGAGAUUCUAACAAAGUCUGUGAACACUCUGUCCUCUUGUAAAUAAAUUUGUGGACCUCCCUGCACUUGGCAGUAGACAGGAGAAAUAAUUUGUCUCCUUGAUAUCACAAUCAUUUGAUUCCAAUCCUUGAUGAUAAGAGAUUUCCACCUUGACACAUUACAUCUUCCCUCUCAUGCAAUUAGUGUCUCUCAUUU